UGGAAAUCAAAUCCCACCGAGGAAUAAGAUGAUGCCAAGCAGCGUAGCCAUUGCGUUCUCACUCGCAUUCCUCUCUUUUCUCCCCCCUUCACCUGACCGAUUACCAUAAAAUAUCUGUAUUUCCAUUUUCAUCUGCUCUGUUUUCGUUUUUUAUUAUUUUUUUAACUUUUUCCUUUUCAUUCAAAACUACUACAUUCCCUGGCGUACCAGGAUUCGUCCAAGGAAUGGCUAAGGCCGCCAAGAAUUGGGAUUGACUAUGAUGAGGCCUUGCAUGCGAGUAACCAUAGCAUGGACAAUCUGCCAGGGGCGUUGGGAACCAGCGCCAGCUUAGCUCUGCGGUUGGGUCAGACCGUCUUCUCCUCUGCCUCCCUUCUCUUCAUGUGCUUGGACGUUGAUUUCUACAGCUAUACUUCCUUCUGAUGGAAGUGAUGUUGAUCAAGGAGGAAUGUGAAAUGUUGCUUGGGAGCUAUUUGGUGACAGUCAUGGGUUUGGCAAUUCCCUGGAGCCUGACGCUGCUGGUAGUGGAUGCACAUUCUGUUUUCAUUAGAUGUUUACCUCGUCAACCAAGAAUAAUAUUGGUCAUCGUUCUAGGAGAUUUGGUUUUGUCGUUUCUCUUGCUAGCUGCGGCGUCUUCGACAGCUAGUGUCACAGAUCUCCUGCAUGAUGCCGGAAGAUCCUACUGCGCUGCAAACUUAUGUAGUAGAUAUCAGUUGUCUGCUGCAAUGGCAUUCUUGUGUUGGUCCCUUUCAUUUGCUUCAUCUCUCUUCAAUCUUUGGCUUCUUCCUUCUUUAUGAAAUUCUGAGCGGUAGUUGAAAUUUGUACAAAUGAAAUGGGCAAAUAUCAACUGUUACUUACUAUCACAGCAUUGGCUAGAAACUCAUUUCUUAAGGCAUUAAUGUUGGAGCGAAAUUGUGAGAAAAAGACAAUGGUUGUCUAUGUCGAUACCAUGGAUACACCACGUCGAGGUCUUGAAAAUUUUAUUGGGAAUCAUACGUUCCCAUGCUUUCCAUACCAUGGAAGCUUUUUGGGACAAGUGCACAAACACCCCUCAAAUCUACCGUCGAAUCUGCAACAGCCCAAAAAAAAUUAUCGAAGUAUACGUUAUUUUAUUUUACUUCCUGGUGACAUGUAUGCAGGGAUGGUUGUUACGAUCUUAUAUCGAUUAAAUAUGUGAUUAGUUGGUAGUUUCUAAGCCCUUAGGCAUUCUAUUUUGUAAGCUAAUUUUUAAGGAUGAGUUCUACUUAGUGGAUUCAUAACAAAUAGUAUUAGAGUCAUUCUACUUAUGCAGUUCAUGUUGGCAUGGUUGCAAUCGUGUGGCACGGAGAGUGAUGUCGGCAUGACAGUGUUCGUCUGGGACUAGGAAUGACUUAGCACAUAGCCAGCCUGUGUGAG